GCUCAACCACACCUCAACGGCGCAGUCAAACGACAAAUCAUGUUCGAGACACGACAUGCGGCAGACCGCUAUCAUCUCCGCCUCCAUCGCGCACGCUCAGUAAUCCUCACAAACACCGAAUUGGUAGAAAUACGCGCUGCACAACGCACUUUCGAAGGCGCGUACAUACGAACAUCAUUGGGACAAUUCUCUUUUGCGCUUGUGGUACUCAAGAUCUUUACGGCAGAAUUUUAUAGUAUUGGAGCGCUGUUUGCUAUUUAUGGGGCAGGUGUUUUGGGGGUGAGUGCGUUUAGAAGGAUGCAAGGCAAUAGGCAGUUUUUCUCAGAGAUUGGUGAGGAUGGGUUGAGGAGGAAGAGGUUCAGGACGAGUGGGAAUGUUGUGGUGGUUUUGACUGCAUUGAGCAUUGCUAGUUAUAUUUGUUUGCUGGUGCUGACUCUGAGAUUAUAAUAGAAGGCUUAGAAUGUCGGACGAACAGACAGAGACCCUUUGAUAGAGCAGCAUCAUGAUGUAUGAACUAUGUCUGCAUGACCAUGAUGUUCGGAUUUGCUUGUUUGUUGAAGAGCAUCG